AUACUACAUAGACACCCCGUACGUGUGCGUACAAGGCCACCCCUCCGUAAACGCAGGCAAGAGGCUGCGCGAAGAAGAAGAGGAGCGCAUCCGACUACAGGUACAAGAACUCGGUCCACAGGCCCUCAAGGACCUUGAGACUAAGCUAGACCUAGCCGUGCAGGCUAACGAUGUGGAGGCACCCGCAGACCUCAUUGCGUCGUUCAAGAUCCCAGACGCAAGCAAGAUCCACACCAUCAAAGUGGUCAGUGUCGACACGCACCACACGGACACAGAACCGGAGAGUGUGGCGGCUCAUGUCACACAGGGAAUAAGCACCGCUUCGCUGCCGUAUAGUACAAUGGAGAUAGAGCAUGUGCCCAGCAAGUUUGUGGACAUGCGCGUGUUCCUAGACACUCAACACUUGGCACCGGCCGAUCGAAUGUGGCUGGAGUUGUAUCUGGAUGUUAUGUUUGAG